GAUGUUUUCAUUCUGAACUUAAAGGGUCGCGAGAGUGGGACGUUGACGAGCCGGACACGAGGAAGCAAAACUGUUUGUCGUUUUAAAAUUUGUGCGUUUCCUUUCAUUUCGUUUUCCUUGUAUUUCCUCUCGGUGUGAUGUCAGGGUGUCGGGCCGCUUUGGUGCUCCUGUGCGCGGUGUUGGCGGUGACUCGUGCCCGCAGGAGUUCACCGGAGCAGGAGGAUGUUCAGGAGAAAAUCAACAGCGCCAGAUGCACGUCCAGGUGCCUCACUCUGCACAUGACUCAGCUAACGACUGCUUUCAGACACCUCCAGAGUGACCAAGUUCUGGUUUGGUGUGAAAACCACAGACGCUGUGCGCAGUGCCUUCAGCCAUGCAAAGAACUGUGGGAAACCAGGAAGGUACUCUCUCCAAAGUCCUGUGAGAAGCAGACGGAGUGUGUGACUAGCAGGGAGUUUCUGACCUCUCUGAGGUCAUCUCGUCAGGGGGACUGCUCGCCGCCUCAGCGAGCCACCGGAUUCGCUGCAGCCUGUGUGGAGAGCUGCUCGUCAGACCAGCAUUGUCCGUCCCCCAGAAAAUGCUGCUCCAAUGGCUGUGGACACACUUGCCAAGCCCCAGCCAAUCUAUAUAAAGGGGUUCCUCUGAAGCCUCGCAGAGAGAUGAGCUUUGUGGAGGAUUCAGAGGGCCGUGUGAAGGUGGUGUGGGUGUCAAAGUUCAAUGUCACUGUGGAGCCAGUCGUUUACAUGUUGCAGUCCCGUUGGAACGUCGGGAUUCAUCCCAGUGAAGACCAUGCUUCUCCAUGGACUACUAUUGCCAUGACCCUUUCUGAAGAUGUGGUUCUGUCAGACUUGAGACCUCAGCGCUGGUACCAGUUCAGAGUAGCAGCCAUCAACAGCCACGGCAGCAGAGGCUUCACCACACCCAGCAAACACUACAUUUCCAGUAAAGACCCCUCACCUCCAGAACCUCCAGUGAAUGUCAGAGUGAUCAACCAGACUCUAGACUGGACGGGUUCACAACCGGGGACUCAGCUCACAGAGAGGUCGAGGGGAAGUGGGCUCACAGUGGCGAUCUUAUUAAGCUGGGAGCCCCCCAGAGAGGGAGACCUGCCUAUCCACAACUACAGAGUCACCUGGAUGUCUCGACAUGCACACACAGCACACAAACACACGCUGCACGCACACACACAUACAAUGCACAAUAACAUGCACACACGUCCUGCACACUCACGCACAACAGAGCAGGGCAAAAAGGAGAGCAACAGCAGAGUGACUCACGGGGCGCAGUGUGAGCUGUGGCUGCAGGGUCUGCUGCCUGCUACUUCCUACUUCCUGUCUGUCCAGACGGUUGCCUACUGGGGUCAGAAGAGGCUGAAAAGUCCCAGAGCCCAAAUUGUCUUCACCACAGUAACUUAUGGAGGCGAAGACUUCUCCAAUGAGCUCCCCUCCUCCUCCUCAUCAUCAUCAUCUCUUCCCUCCUCUCCUUCCCUCUCAUCCUCCUCUCCUUCCUCCCCUGACCUCCCCCUCUCCUCCUCUCUGCCUCAGCCUGAAUCCCCCCUUAACCCCGUUAUCCCUGGCAACCUGCGCCUGGAGGUCGCCGCUCCUCAUUACCAUAACGACCAGCUGCAGGUCAAGGUGUUUUGGAAGUGGCCUCAUCAUGGCAGGCAGAGACACCCUGGUCCCUACAUUUUGCGGUGGCACCCACAUACCUGCAGUACCAAUGUUACAGGCACAGAGAGAACAGCAACUGUGCAGGGCACCCAUCACACCAUCACAGGUCUGCUGUUUGCCUGUAAGUACCAGGUCGCUGUGGCGAUGAAGGCUGACCCAGGGUCAGAGGCUGUUGCCUGGGUUACGACUCCGGCUUGUUCUGCCAUAAGGGUCAGAGGAGGCAAAGCUUUGUCCUGCAACACUGAGGAGCGCCUCCUGUCAGGCAGAAAGGUGGUACUGCGUCCAGAACGACUGACCGCAGACUUUCAACAAGUCAACGGCACCCUGCUCACAACGAUUCGCUGGAGGAUGUCCCAGCAUGCACUGGACCCGGCUGCUGUGGAGGGGUUCCAGUUCACCUGGACGCUGCAGUCAGGGGUUACCACGGCAACAGAGGGGCAGGAAGACACACUUAUCUCCCAGACGCAGACAAUCGCACCGUCUCAGCGGUCAGUGUCAGUCCCCAGUCUUCAGGCUGACAGUGUUUACCAGCUGCAGCUCCAGGUGCUGACAGCAGGGGGCAGCAAUGGCACAGCUGUCUCCAAGACCAUACAUACUCCAGCUAUCAACACCACACUUUGAUAGGCCCAAAUCCUACAGUUGUCACCAUCUGCUGCAACAACGGUCAUCUUUACCAACAUCCACUCUUCCACUGUCUUCCACAGUGCAACAUGGUCAAGUGCAGAAAACAUGCUGUAAAAUAAACAAAGUUCCUCUGUGUAAUGUAGAUCAUUAUUUCAUAUGAAUGGUAUUUCCUACUCUGACCCUCCCAACCCCCUAAGUUCAGUCACUUUUCAAACAUCAGGAAGGUUGUUAGCCCGCUCUAAAGGAAAACAAUCAUUAAUCACUCAUCUAAUCAAUCAAUCUGUCAGCUGAUUCAAAGGUUAUGGCCUUAGUCGAUAUUGUUUUGUAUAAAUCGUGAGAGAAAAAACUGUACCUGUACAUGGUGCCAAAUUAAAAAGCACCACGUACUUAUACAGUUAGUCUUUGCAGUAAAAUGCGUAUCCUUGAAUCAUAUUUUUUAUAUUUUCGUAUCAAAAUGGUUCCUCUCGGCAUUAGUGCCACAGCGACGCAGCAUUGCAAGACUUGUAUGUGAAAAGUGAGACUCCUUGCACGGCUGCUUCUGUACAUGUUUGGUGUUUAGAUGGGACUACUUAGGUCAUUUCUAAUCACUAAUCACUGGAGCCGAAGACACUUGUAAAGAGGCUUAUUAUGCCUAAUGUAUUUAUCAUACAAGUAGAGAAUGAUAUAGCACUGACCUUAUGUACAAAUAGAAAUGUAUAGCAGCAGACUGACUGUGUUUACUUCGAUGCAUAAUCUGCUGCGUUGUCUUUGAAGCCGGUAGGUCUGAUGUGCUGAAGCCUUGAAUUAAGCUCAAAUAUGUUUUAAUAUUUUGUUCAUAUGUUUUAAAGAAGGUAAUUUUUUUUACUCAAAUCUGUCAGAAUUUGUUUGAUACAUUUUGGGCCUCGUGCAGCAUUAUUUUGCAUUAUGGUACACCCACUUCACUAAACAAUAAUAUGUGACAUUUUUAGUUAAUGUAACUAUUCCUGUGGUUGAUUUCUUUGUUUUAUAAAAGUCAUUGUGUUACUUUGAAAAGGUUGGGAACUACUGGUGUCAGGCAUCCAGUGAUAAUCAUGUUAAUAUUCUCUCUAUGUAACCUCCAUGAUAUUAUACUGUUGAUAAUUUUGUACUUACCAUAAUUCCUUUACUUUUUUGACCAUUAGUUUUAUUUAUUGUUUUCCUAUCAUAGUUUUUUGUAAUUAAAGAUGAUCAAGAUACA